CGUGCAUUUCAUUUGAUACACAUAUUUUGUUCCCAAAAACUAGUCUAACUAGUCUAAAUACUCCAAAACUAUGGAUGCUACAGAGUACGAGAAGUUAAGCAGAUUGAUGGAAAUCGAGCAGCAGAGGAAGCGGCCAUGUGUCAUCUAUACCACAAAUGAGGAUGAGCUUAAACUCGAUUAUCAAGAUGAGGAAUCAACGACGACUCCGUCCACACCGGUUCAGGAGCGGGAUCAAUGGAGCAAGGGUGUUGAGUUUCUUUUUUCCUGCAUAGCUCUGUCCGUGGGUUUGGGCAACGUUUGGCGAUUUCCCUUUAUUGCUCUGGAGAAUGGAGGUGGCGCUUUUCUUAUACCCUAUGUGAUUGUCCUUUUGCUGAUUGGACGACCUGUUUACUAUCUGGAAGUGAUUGUUGGACAGUUCUCAAGUCGUGGCUGCAUAAAGGCUUUUGACCUAGCUCCCAUUAUGAAGGGCAUAGCCUAUGGUCAGGUGUAUUCCACUGCAUUGGCCACCACUUACUAUGCCUGCAUUAUGGCUCUGACUAUACGCUAUUUGCUAGCCUCUUUUAGCGAGGUUCUACCCUGGACUUAUUGCCUAAUCGAAUGGGGCAGUCAGUGUGUGGCAACUGGAGCAUCGGGUAAUGGCACUGACCUUAAGCAUGGAGUCUCUUCAGCAGAAUUGUAUUUCACACAAACUGUGUUGAGGGAGCCUCUGGAUUUAGAGGAUGGUUUAGGUUCACCCAGCUGGGAUUUAGUUUUGUGUCUAAUGGUCACUUGGAUAAUCAUAGCCACUACCCUAAUCAAGGGAAUACGCAGCUCUGGCAAGGCUUCCUAUUUCUUGGCCCUUUUUCCCUACGUCAUUAUGCUGAUUCUGCUCGUACGUGCCGUGACUCUGCCUGGUGCCUGGCAAGGCAUUUCUUACUUCCUCAAGCCCCAGUGGUCGCAGUUGCUCAAUCCGCAUGUCUGGUAUGCAGCCAUCACUCAAAUGUUUUUCUCACUGGCCAUUUGCUUCGGGACUCUAGUGAUGUAUGCCUCGUUCAAUGAUUUCCACAAGAAUGUGCACAAAGAUGUUAUUAUUAUCACAACAAUCGAUUCGUUUACCUCUCUAUUGGCUGGCUGCAUUAUCUUUGGCAUUCUCGGCAAUCUUGCCCAUGAGACAAACACUACGGAUAUCUCUCAAGUGGUCAAGGGUGGCGCCGGAUUGGCGUUUAUCUCGUAUCCGGAGGCCAUUGCCAAGUUUAAGUUUCUGCCCCAAAUGUUUGCAGUACUGUUCUUUUUCAUGUUGUUGGUAUUGGGCAUUGGUAGCAACAUUGGAAUGGCGUCAUGUGUGAUAAAUGCAACCAAAGAUCGUUUUACCCAAUUACCUCAUUGGUUAUUGGCCAUCGGUUUCUCAGUGUUGGGAUUCCUAUGCGGCUUGGUCUACAUGACACCGGGUGGACAAUUCGUAUUGAAUCUGGUGGACUUCUAUGGCUGCACCUUCAUUGCCUUGGUCCUGGCUAUUGCCGAACUUUUGGCCUUCGGCUGGAUUUAUGGAGUGAAACGAAUUUGCAGCGAUAUUGAGUUCAUGCUGAAUGUGAAGACAAGUUUCUAUUGGCGCAUCUGUUGGGCUAUUGUGGCGCCGGGUCUGAUGUUCUUGGUGCUCGUUUACAUGCUGGUCAGCUACGAGCCAUUAACCUAUAGAGGAACCCUCUAUCCAUCGGCAGCAUAUGUGGCAGGUUGGGCAAUCUGGGGCGUGGGUGUGGCCCAAUUGCCCUUGUGGGCCAUCUAUACCAUUUACCAACAACCGGCGGAUACAUUCAGCAAGAAACUGAAACUGGCCAUUCAACCAACUACCGACUGGGGUCCACGUCAGCCGCAGCUAUUUGAGGCCUAUAUUCUUCAUCGCAAACAGCAAUCGGAGGUCCAGCCGAAAUCUGGAAGUUUCUUUUUUAAUAAUAUCUUUGGUUAGUUCAAGGGUUUUAGUAAUUUGCUGUUACUUACUCAGUAAGUGUCCAACGCUUAGAAAUUUAUUUUGCUUUAAUGCAAAUUAAGCUUUAAUUUUGACAAA